AUGGCUGAAUCACCUGUCGUGGCACCCGGGAAGAUGCAGCUGCCCAGCAGGAGCUUGCGGCUCCCGAAUCUCUCCCUGGGUUUUGGCACGCCGAUUCCUUGCUAAUUCCAGAAGUGGUCGUGGGUCCUUGUGGUUUUCUCCUGGAGCUGGUGGUCUGUGUCCUCGAGACCACGAGGAAGGAGAGCCUUCAAUGCCAAACUCCGUUGUGGCAGGGGCAGAAGAGGAUUGUGUCUGCUUAUGAGGAGAGCUCAUACCCUGACAGUCCUGUUCAUCCUGACCUGUGCGCUGGGCUACGUAACCCUGCUGGAAGAGACUCCCCAGGACACGGCCUACAACACAAAGAGAGGAAUCGUCGCCAGUAUUUUGGUUUUCUUGUGUUUCGGGGUGACACAAGCUAAAGAUGGACCGUUCUCGAGACCUCACCCAGCUUACUGGAGGUUUUGGCUGUGUGUCAGCGUGGUCUAUGAGCUCUUCCUCAUCUUCAUCCUCUUCCAGACUGUGCAGGACGGGAGGCAGUUCAUGAAGUACAUUGACCCCCAUUUAGGGGUUCCUCUGCCAGAGAGAGACUACGGGGGCAACUGCCUGAUUUAUGACCCUGGCAAUGGAACUGACCCCUUCCACAACAUCUGGGACAAGCUGGAUGGAUUUGUUCCUGCUCACUUUUUUGGGUGGUACCUGAAGACCUUGAUGAUUCGGGACUGGUGGAUGUGCAUGAUCAUCAGUGUCAUGUUUGAGUUCCUGGAGUACAGCCUGGAGCACCAGCUCCCAAACUUCAGUGAAUGCUGGUGGGAUCACUGGAUAAUGGAUGUGAUCUUAUGUAACGGGUUAGGAAUUUACUGCGGGAUGAAGACCCUGUCCUGGCUUUCCUUGAAAACCUACAAGUGGCAAGGACUCUGGAACAUUCCGACCUACAAAGGCAAGAUGAAGAGGAUCGUGUUCCAGUUCACCCCGUACAGCUGGGUGAAGUUCGAGUGGAAGCCGGCCUCCAGCCUGCGCAGGUGGCUCGCAGUCUGCGGCAUCAUCUUCGUGUUUUUGUUGGCAGAGCUGAACACGUUUUACCUGAAGUUCGUGCUGUGGAUGCCCCCCGAACACUACUUGGUGCUGCUACGCCUCGUGUUUUUUGUCAACGUGGGAGGAGUGGCCAUGAGGGAGAUCUAUGACUUCAUGGACGACCCGAAGUUCCACAAGAAGCUGGGCCAGCAGGCCUGGCUGGUUGCUGCUAUUACUGCCACGGAGUUCCUGAUCGUUGUCAAGUACGAUCCCUACACGCUCACCCUCUCCCUGCCCUUCUACAUCACCCAGUGCUGGAUCCUGGGGAUUAUCCUGGUGCUCACCUGGACAGCCUGGCGCUUCUUCAUUCGGGACAUCACCCUGCGGUACAAGGAGAUCCGGCGGCAGAAGCAGGAGCACAGGCACGAGAGGGACAAAUGCCUGAGCAACGGGGAUGGACACUCGGCCCUGCUGGAUGAGCCCAGCGGGGACAAACUCCGCGAGAGGAAGCUCUGAGCGCGGACACGCGGCUGACAGGAACUCGCGGUGCCCGAGCGGGCCUGGUGCGCGGUCCCAACCUUAUCCUACCUAACUCCUAAUUGUCACUGUUAGCGUUCUGGCGUGUGGGAAUCCUCUCGGGGAGGAUGGCACUGACACAGCCCCCCCUCUCCUUGUGCCACCUGGGCAGGGCCAGAGGAAGUCGGUGUGGAGGGAGGUCAACGCCGACCCCGCGCACGGGGCGGGGCCCUCACCGGGUGCUGCGCGUCUUCCUCGGAACCAGGUGUGGAGGCAGGGGGCUCAGAGCACGGCACACAGGGAUCUGCUGCUGCAUUCCCAGGGAACUGAGAGCUCCGUGGGGCGCUGGGGCACUAGGAACACUUGUUUUGGAGCGUACAGAGACCAGGCACGGGAAAUGAAUGCUGUUCUUCCUGCUGGAACUACCUGGAGCUGCGGAGGAGGCUUGGGUGAAGGGUUGAGCGAGAUGGCCGCGGGUACACGGGGGCCUGUGGCCACGCUGCGUUCCUUGCACAGGAUGUACCACAGCACGCUGCUGUUCCAGCCCCUCCGCAGGGCAUCCCGCCGGCUUCCAGCGUCCCGGAGCGGCCUGCGGCACUCGGCUGGUGUGUCCCAGCUCUGGGGGGACAGGCAACUUCUCCUUAGCUCUUAUUUUUAAUUUCUCUUUUAGUCUCGGUCAUCUCUUAAAUGUAAGGGAAGGUGAAGUGAGAAAGGUCAACCUGCCUUCGCUCUGCGGAGUAAAAUGUGUCACAAGCAGAAA